AUAAAACAAGGCACAACCUGGGCAGAAGUCACACUGACAACCUGAAGCAGCCACUCAUCUGUCCGGGACACUGAAGGAAGGAGCUGGUAAUCAGUCACUGUGCGUUUUGCUGUCUAUUGGUCUGUGUUACACUUAUUCAGUGCUGUCUCUGGUAUUCAGUUCACUCACCUUCCAAUGUUAUUUCUGGCAGAGUGUGAGCGGUGAGAUCGUGUGAUCGGAGCCACAGACACAACUCUCGUGAGAGGUACCCACGGUGAUCACACACUGACUGUACUUGAAACACACCAGGACAACAAGAGGAUUGUCAGUCAGAGCCAAAGAAGUGACCAGCCCUGUGAUCCCAGGAUAGGAACUCCAGCACUCCAACACAUCACAACUUGGUAGUCUGAGCUCUGUGAAAUAUCCCGGGACAGAAGACCGGGCAACUCGAAAAAUCCUGGGCCAGUGUCCAGGCACCGUGCUAUAUUGUGGAAUAGGAGCCCAGACCUCAAGGUAGAUACUGGGACAGAAACGUACAACUGGUGAAGAUUCAGCAAACUGCAAUAUACAAGACAGGAACCCUGACAUCCUGGGAAUUCCAGGACAAGAACCACCUCUCUGGGAAAGAGCAUACAGAUCCCAGGAAGUACAUUCACCCAGUCAGUGGGAAUGGCGAGUGUUUCAUCAACUGUAAAUAGCUGGUCUGAAAACCUGAAUACUCCACAACUUGUGAGGGAUUUAGGUUUACAGGAUCAUUAUCCUCACAAACUGUCACUGGUGUCAAUGCGGGAGGUAUCCUGGGGUAAACUGGACGACAACAAACCAACUCGACCAGAAGAUCUUCCAUGGCGAUUUCUCCAAAUGAUCCUCUCAGCUAAUUCACUGGCGAGGAAUCCUGAAUGGGCCCCUGCUCAGUCUUCAAAAGACAACAAAGAUGGCGUAGAAGAUUUCAUCCAUUUCUUUCAAGCACAAAGGCCAGGGGAUUCUGGGAUUAACCCUCUGGAUAUCAUUGCUGCCAUUUUCCUCUGUGCCGACCACUCUCUCCAGCAGGAACUGAUGCUGCAGAUGUCUCUGUGCCAACUUGCAUUACCCUUUCUGCUGCCGGAAGGGCACAGUUACCCCAGGGACAAGGUGAGGGGACCCAUGGAAGGGCCUGGUGCCACCCUUCUCCUCUGGGCCAUGAGGCCCAUUGUUAAAAUGUGGUGCCCACAAUCUCCCACAGGGAGCAGCCACGAUAUGGUGAUGCCUAUCAUGACAGCAACCGUGCCAACUGUCUCCUUCCUCAGACUCGGAAGGUGCACGGUGUCCAAAUCCAAACUCCUCAAUCUCACCUUGAGCCAGACCCAGCGGCAGCAGAACAUCUUCCUGCACUCCGGGAUGGAAUGUGGGAAUGUGCCCCGUAAGAUAUCGGAUGGGAUGGCUGAGAUCAGCUGGUAUCUACCUUCUGGGAAGAGCAACACGGACAUUUUCCCGGAGGCUGCUGCAUUCAUCAACCUCCGAGGUGACGCUGAAACUUACCAGGGACACACUCGGUUUCUGGCAAAAGUCUCUGCUGCUCUCUUUAUUUUCAUUGACGUUAUCGGUGAGAAGGAAAGAGAAUUCCUCACCUCUCUCGCACAGUCACCGGCAAAACUCUUUCUGAUAGUGAACACUCACAUCAGUGAGCAGCACAUCACCCCUGAGCAGGUAAAGAAACUGUUCAAAGAUCUGAAGAUACAACCUCAACAAUGCAUUGUUCGGACAAAUGUAAACAAAGCCGAACUUGUGGAAGGACUUCAUUCUCAGAUAAAACAAGUGAUUCUAAUGAGUGACAGGAAAGAGAGCUUCCCG